AUGGGCUCCGUCUCACGCACUUCCAUGCUCACCCGUCGCCCGUCUAAGAGGCCGAUGGUCAUCACCGGGAGCACCAUCGCCGGUGCGGGAGUUCAUGUUGGUCACUGGCUUGGUGACAACGCCAGCUUAUGGUCCAAGUACCGUCUCAAUCGCCCACAUGCUCAGCUUCACAUCUAUCUUCCAAAUUCCCAUGCAACACCACAGACGCUCUGCGCGCGGUGGGCAACACUGGGAGCUUUCUACCCACUCCAUCGCAACAACACUCAUGAAGACUCUAUUCCCCAGGAAUUCUACCGCUGGCUGUCUGACGCCGAAGCCGCAAGGUCAUCGACAUUCAGCGAGCCGGUUCUCAGUCCUCUUUUCUACAUCUAUCCCGAGGACACUUACAUCUACCCGAUUGACCUGCAAUUCUUCUACGGUGAUGCGAUCCUCGUUAGUCCCGUCACCAAGGAGAACUCCACAAGCGUCGAUAUCUACCCCCCUGAUCACAUUUUCUAUGACUGGUAUACUGGUGCUCAGGUCCGUUGGAGGGGAGAGACUUACGCUUCCGAUGUGGCAUUCACCGAUAUCCCGCUCCACAUCCGCGGCGGCAGCAUUAUACCACUUCGUACUGAGAGAGCGCCAACAGCACCACCGAGCUCCGCAAAAAGCCCUUCAAUGUGGUCAUCGCACCAGGUCGGGACGGAACUGCUACCGGACGCCUGUACAUGGACGACGGCGAAUCACUCGAACAGGCAUCAGCUCUGGAGGUCGAGUUUGAGGGGACACUUCGCGUAUGACGCCAGCGUAAAAGUGGAGACACUCACGAUCCUGGGUCAGAAUGGCCAGCCACAGAGGAUGUCCACAGGCAGUGUUGCGGAGGUGAAGCAUGAGUACGAUGGCAAGUUGAAGGUGUUGACUCUGCAAGUGGAUCUGCCAUUGACGUCUUCUGCCGAGGUGAUAUUCUUGUAA